AUUAUAAAAGACCUUAGGGCUUCAUUUGCCUCUGGGAAGACUCGAACGUAUGAAUGGCGUAUAGCCCAGCUGAAGGCUGUGGUCAGACUGUUACAAGAAAAUGAAGCACAGAUUGCUGCAGUUCUGUACAAAGAUUUACAUAAAUCGCGUAUCGAAGGGGAACUGAUGGAAACAUCAUUAUGUCUGAAUGAUGCGAUUGACAGCAUCAACAGUCUUCAAGAGUGGAUGAAGCCCACAAAGGCAGCAAAGGGAUCCAUUUUCUUGAUGGAUAGUGCCUAUAUCAUGAAAGAACCGCUGGGUGUGACUUUGAUCAUUGGUGCCUGGAACUACCCAGUCCAGCUUGUCAUCCUACCUUUGAUCGGAGCUAUAGCAGCAGGGAACUGUGCUGUCUUAAAACCAUCUGAACUGGCAGAAGCCACAGCAACAUUUUUUGCAGAAACUAUUCCUAAAUAUCUGGAUACAAAUUCUUUCAGAGUGGUCACUGGAGGUGUCCCAGAAACAACAGCAUUAUUGAAAGAGAGAUUUGACCUCAUUUUUUACACAGGCAAUAGUGCUGUGGGGAAGAUUGUCAUGAGAGCAGCAUCUGAGUACCUCACACCGGUUGUUUUAGAGCUGGGUGGCAAGAGCCCUGCAUAUGUGGACAGAAAUAUUGACGUUGACCUUGUGGCUCGACGUUUGGCCUGGGGAAAGUUCUGUAAUGCUGGACAGACAUGUGUAGCUCCAGAUUAUGUCUUGUGUCCACCAGAAGUACAGGAUUCCUUGAUUGCCAGCCUGAAGACUGUCAUUAAAGAUUUCUACACAGAAGACCCAAAACAGUCCGACAGCUUUGGUAGAAUUAUCAACGAAAGGCAUUACCAGAGACUUCAAAAGCUGAAGAAAAGUUCUACGAUUGCCUUCGAAGGAGAAGAUGAUGAGAAAGACAAAUUCAUUUCUCCAACUAUUCUGAAAGAUGUGAAACUCACUGAUCCAGCAAUGCAAGAAGAGAUUUUUGGACCAAUUUUGCCUAUUGUGCCUGUACAAAACCAUCUGGAGGCUAUUGAGGUCAUCAACAGCAGAGAGAAGCCGCUAGCCCUGUAUGUUUUUACAAACAACAAGAACAUGGUACAAGACUUCAAAGACAAGACCAGUUCUGGGGGUCUUCUUGUCAAUGACACCGUCGUCCAUGCUGGUUUGACCACUCUCCCAUUUGGAGGGGUUGGAAACAGUGGAAUUGGGGCCUACCAUGGCAAACAUUCCUUUGAUGCCUUCAGUCACAACAAGGCAGUCCUGGAGAAAAGCUUGGCCUUUGAUCAGAUUAACAACCUGCGUUAUCCACCAUACACAGACAAAAAGUAUAGUUGGGUUAGCUGGAUGAUGAAAAAGAAAAUCAAGAAGACCGGGUUCUCUGCCCUGUUUCCAUUUGUUGUCAUGGGCGCCAUGUUUGCCUUCUUUUUCAAG